AUUUUAACCCCUGGUAAUUUUGGCCGCUGGGCGCUGGGUCAUAUCAACGUACCGCCCAAACUCCUCGACGGCAUAGGGCCAGAUCCUAGUUACAACCAACAUCUGUACUCUGUAGAGAAUAGAUCUUGGAUCCAAUCCACCUAGCAAGUCGCAAAGGCAUAUGUCGGUAUAUAAUAUUAUCUUAGUGCUUAUCACGGACUAUAGAUAGACCUAUUAUCUAUUAUCUCACCAGCAACCAUAUAAUUGAUAUGUUAUGAACUUGUGAUAGCAUAAUACUAAAUUUAAGUAUUAACUAAAUAUCUAAUGUACUUUUCAUCUGAUUCCUACGAAAUCUUCAUCGAGUUAGUUAAAAAGUAUUUCCCAUUAAAUUUUAACUUAUUAGUUCAAUGAAUUUAGUUCAAUCUGUACCUUAGUUUUGUUAGUAAGCCGUAAGUAAUAACACAUUUUGAGCAAAAAUGUCUUAUGAUUUUAAGAAAGAAGAAGAUGUUAAGGAAUAUAUUAAAAACUUAGGGAUUGAAUAUAGAUUUGGCUGUUUUAGUGAAAAAGAUGCUCAAACAUGUCAGUUGCUUGGUGACUACUUAGAGACUAUAGAAAACAACCCAGAUAAGGCAGCCAAAAUAUAUAAAGAAAAUUGUGAUGAACGGAACUUUGGUCGCAGUUGCUAUAAGUAUGCUUCCUAUGUGGAAAAAAAUAACUUGAAAAAUCUCAAACCAGUAAUUCCUGAGAUGAUAAGAUAUUUUGAGAAAGGUUGUGAAUAUAAUUGGUCUGAUGGAUGUUUUGCUGCUGGAAUGAAACUGCGUUAUCACAGUGACUCAAUAACUGAUGUUGAUGAAAGAACAAAAAGUUUACUUAAAAGUCUGCAAUACUUAGAAAAAGCAUGUGACAACAGGCAUUCAGAAGCAUGUUAUGUAGCCAGCAAUAUUCAUUUUGUUGGCAUUAAGGAAAUUGGAUUAGAACCUAAUAAGCCCAAAUUUUUAGAAUACUCAAUAAAAGCAUGUGAUCAAAAUGAAUUGAAAGGUUGUGUUAAUGCAUCAAUUAUAUAUAAUAAAGGUGAUGGUGUACCUAAAGAUUUAAAUCUUGCUCAGAAGUAUAAAGACAGAGCAUUAGAUAUACAAAAACAAAUCAAAGAAGAAAAAGGUGUUAAGUUUAGUUAAUGGCUUUACUAGGAUCUUUUAAUAAUUGUUAUUAGUUAUCAUUAAAAAAACAAAAAUGAUGAGUUGUAUAUUGUUUGUUGAUUAUUCUAAUCAGUGAUAUUGUUCAUUGAUUAUUGAUAUUGAUAUUAAAUAUUAAUAAAGUUUACAUGUUUAUUAGACUCUAA